UACGAGUCGAUAUUGUAUGCGCACAACUGCAGUUGGAAUGAUAUAAUGUGUAAAGUACGGAUCACGUGUUUAUUUCUAAUAACAUGUUUUAUUUAUCAAGCAUCUGCAUCCUGCCAAAUACCAUUGAUAAUUAGGGGCUCUUGGUUUUCUUGGGAGAAUGGGAGGAACACAUUGACAGAAAUAAAUGCCGAAACGAUGACAAAUCGAGGAUAUUGUAUAAAUAUGUUGGAAGAAUAUCAUGUGAAUUAUACGUUUGUAUUUCGCAAAAAUGUUUGUUAUCAUUGUGUAAAACUCAUUGUUAGAACGGUUAAUGUAUUAGAGAAAUUAGAAGCAAGCUGUGUAAAUUUACCCACCGGCGUUGAACCUACGGUAGAAAACGUCUGCAAAGGAUUACGUCCUGAUCAGCAAUUGAUAACAUUAUUUUCGGAAAAUUAUGUUCCUGUAAAUUGUAGAUCGUCGCUCGAAGGUGUAUGGCAGUUUGCCUAUCAGAAUCGAUUCAGGUUUACAGGAGAAUGCAAUCAUCCGGAUGCACAAAUACGUUCUUGUCAAACAGCAGGAACACAGUUUCUUAUAACUAAUCAAAAGUUCAAUAUAACUUACAAACAGUGUCAGGGCAUGAAAGGAACCUUCGACGGAUUGGUAGAAUACAGCUGUUUGGGUGAUUGGUUCGUAGAAAAGAAUCACUUUUUCGCUGUAGCAAACACAAAAGAAUCUAGAAAGGACGAAAAGUACAGGUGUUUUUUAAAAAAUCGCGAUGACGAUUUAUACAUUGGUGUAUCGAUUACAGCAGAAUGUAAUACUUUGAAAACAGUCGAGAAGAGUCCUGAGAGAUUAAGAGUUACGCCUGUCAAAGCUGAAUUAGUAGAACCUGGGUGUCGCUUACCUCAAGAUAUGCAUGGGAAUUGGAUAAAUACUGCUAAUAUCGAUGCGGACGUUUUCAUUAAUGAAACGCAUAUCAUCGAAACGUGGUAUCCGGACGAAGGCCGUUAUAGACGUACGAUUUAUGUUUGUCGUGAACUAAGAGAUAGUAGGAUAAUGAUGGCACGAUUAACGGUCGAUGGCUGCCAAAGGGAUUACGUUUGUUUCGAUGUUGUUACGCGGCAUCACAAUAUCAUUAGAUACCGUCGUGGCCUUGCCGUUAUUAAGGAUGAUUUUCAUACAGUUUGCUCUUGGGUCCAGUUUCAAAAUACAGAAGAUUGGAAGUAUGACUUAUUUUUAGCGAAAAAUCCUGUUCCCGUACGUUGUCCUGUCGCUGGAAAAUACAUGUUUAAGCAGAAAGGAGAUGUACUUUUCGAAACACGUAUCUUGGGUGGUGUCACACUAUCGCCACGUCCAAAUAUCUAUUGUAAGCAAAAUAUUUCGGAUUUUUCGGUAUGCGAUACAGAUCAAAAAGAAGUGGCCAUAGAUGAGAAUUAUUGUUUGUCCGUGGAUUAUUUAGGAAAGCCAGUGGAUAUUUAUAGCGAACCCGAUUAUAAAAUGAAAUGUAUUGGGUAUUGGAAAGAAAAUUUAAAAUCCUAUCUUAUUACAUACGACGAAUUAGAUCCUUUCAGCAAGUACCGUUGUUGGGUAUAUCAGAGAGCAGAUUUAAACAGAGUAUUAAUGUCUCAGGCGAUCGGACCAUUUUGCGAUCUUAAGCAAGACGUUACGAGUAGCAAUUAUACAGAAGGUGCAGCAGUUGCACUCGAAUUGCAAGAAUACGAACGAGAACGCGAUCAGUGUCCGAUGCAUUUUGAUGAUGGCAGUAAUCCAUGGAUGCAGACUGAAAACUAUAUUAAAGUUUUCCGUUAUGGUAACGGUAACGAUAACACGAUCGUAACGUCUCCCUUAUUGCUUACGGGACUCUUAGUCUUUCUUACUCGGCUCAAUUUUAUACAUAUACGAGUGUAGCGCAUAUGUAUCUCUUCAAGAUCAUAUAUUUUUUUUCUAUUAAAACUAUAUUUUGCUACAACACCGGCAAUGAUUCGAUGACUACAGUUCGUUGAUCAUCAUCAUCAUCAUCAUCAUCAUCAUUUCUAUUCGAUGAUGUUUAAGACGUUUAUUACUUUUACAAUGGAGAAGAAUUUCAAAUACAGUAUAUAUCUAUAUAUAUAUAUAUAUAUAUACACACAAUUAAGAAAUGGUUGAAUUAAUCGCAUUUAUGCAUGUACAUAUGUGCACGCGUAGCCAGUAAUAGCUGGCGCGUUGUCUACACUAAAUUUCUUUCGUUUAAAAUAAUUUCUACGCAACGUGCAACUUCUUUUAGGUCAUUAACGAAAGCGAAUUCGACGAAAUAUAAACCACAUAUGUACUACCUUAUUCAAAUCCAAAUAACUUAUAUUCAUUUAAUUUCUCACUUUUUUUGUCUCGAUUACCAAACAAUAUUAAACAGUAUUAAAGAUAGUGUAGACUAUGUAUAAAUGUCAAAUAUUCCGUCCAAAUUGUGCUUUAAUGUACAUACAGUGGAUAUUAAUAUGCAUACAACAACGUUAUUUUAUUCACCGAUAUUAGAAUAUUGAAAAUAGUUUAUUACUUUAUUUAAUGAAUUAUUUAAUGAAUGAAAAUUUUAUACAUUUGAUUAGUCUAAAAGCAUGAUAAAUAUAGACGUAUUAUAUAGAUAUAGUAUUACACUUUUUUUCAUACGACAUACGAGUUAUUUAUAAUCUAAAUAAAUAAAAAUGUGUCGAAAAAUAAACAGUGCCUUUAUUUGGUCCAGCUGACUUUUGGUAUGUCAAAGUGCUCUGUCAAACUAUCCAAAUGCCUAUUGAAUUCUUCGACGCGUUGUUUGUGUGUCAUAGAAGCCUUCUGUUUUAUCCUCUCAUUUUGCUGAAAUAAAUACCAAUUAUAUGAAACAUACUAUUCCCUAUCUCACUGUGUGUGUGUGUGUGUGUGUGUGUGUGUGUGUGCAGACAGCGUUUACCGACGAUGGAAAGAGAUUACCAUUUUUUCUUGCAUUUUUUGAAAAGCUAUUUCCGCCUUUGUACGCUUUAUUUCAAUAUUCCGUGGUAUCUCCUCUUCGAUUUUAUUGGCUAUCUCCACUAGUUUCUUACUUUUGCUAUCUUUAUUCUUUUUCCUAAUGAGUAAAUGAAAUAAAAUAUUAUCAAAUAUAAAAGAAUAUUUAAGGAAUAUUUAUUUUAUUAUUAGUCCUUAAAAAAAACGUCCUAAAAAAUAAACUUAACCUCAAAUCACAAACUGUUCUAUGGUUGUACUUACUUUUUGCUCACGGUCUGAUCGUUUUUUAAUUUAAGAGGUCCUUUAGCAGCAUGUGCAUAAGGAUCGUCGUCGUCAUUUGUCGAAGGCAUGAUUUAAUAUUAAUUAAUCAACACAAUAGAUUGUCUACAGUAGUCAACAAGUUGACGGCGUAAAGUUCCUUGACAAGUAAGAAGGUAAUUAGACAAAUCAAAA